AUGUAUGCAGUUUGUAUGGGUGUUUUCGGUUCUGAAACUAAUGAGAAUUGGAUCUGGUUCAUGCAAAUGGUUAGACAAGCCAUAGGAUCCCCAAGGGGUUUAACCAUAUGCAUCGACGCUGGGCAACCAGUGAUGACAGGUGUAAAAGAAGUGUUCCCAGAGGCUGAACAUAGGGAAUGUAUGUUUCACUUGGUGUCCAACUUCAAGAAGAAGUUUUAUGGAAAGGUGUUUGAUGACCACCUUUGGGCUGCUGCUUACUCAUGGAACCCAUAUAUAUUUGAAAAAAAUUGGGCUGCAAUGGACCUAGCAAAGCCAACAGCAACUGCAUAUCUUAGGAGGUGGCACACUAGGUUGUGGUCUAGGAGUCAGUUCUCAACAAUUUGCAAGGUGGAUUAUGUUACAAACAACUUGGCUGAGUGCUUCAAUAAUUGGAUUAAGCAUCACAAGUCCUUGAACUUGGACGACUUCUUUGAUAAGGUUAGGAAGAUGAUUAUGAUCAUGUGGAACCGAAGGAGGAAAGUAGCAAGGAAGUUGGUUGGGUUGAUUCUUCCCCACAUAAUUAAGAAAGCAGCCUAUGACCAACUAAUUCCUGCCAUGGUUGACAAGAACCAAUGGCCUAAAUCUGACCAUGGAUUCUUCAUGUUUCCACCACUACUAAAAUCCACGGCGGGUAGGCAUAAAACUGAGAGGUAUAAAGGCUGCAGUGAGAAGAAAAGAAAAAGCGGCCAACACUUAUGCCCUAUUUGUAAGGACUAUGGGCAUCAUUGGCAUAAAUGCAAGAAGGGUAACCCAGAUGACAUUGCUGCUAUUUUAGCUGUGAGAGGACGACCAAAGAAGAGGGCAAAGACCACCAAAGCAUCAAUUGUGCCUUGCGAGGAUGAUGCUCCAGCAGCCUCUAUGUGCUUUCCGCCAAGCCAAAGCUUGGAACCUACAACUACGAAAAAGAGAAAACAUGAUAACUCAAUUACUGGAGCAUCAAAAAGCCAAAUGUUGGAGAAAACAACUAAGGAAAAAGGGAAAGGGAGUAAAUCUGGAUCCGGAGUAGCAAAAAGAUCAAGAACUCAGCCCAUUUGUGUGGCCAACAAGAAAGCAUCUGUUGCUUUGAAAUUACAUGCCAAAAGAAAAAGCAAAGAGGUUGCUGAUAAGUUGCCACACCUUCCCAUGGUGCCACAUGACAGCCCUACAAUGGGCACACGAAGCAAAAAAAUGAAUCCUGCCAGCCCUGCAAUGAGCACACGAAGCAAAAGGAGACUUUGCUUGUGA